UAAUAAUAAUAAUAGAAGUCCCAAGGAAGGAAAAGAUGUAUGUGACGAGGCCUCUUUCUCAGUUGGUAAAAUCUCCAGAAACUGUUGCAGCAAAACCAGAGGGUCCAAAUUCAGGGUACCUAGUAAUUCAAGACGAGGAAUCUGUAACAUACUCUUGUUUCGGAUGCUGUAAGAAUCGAACCCUAAAGGAGCUGCCUUUCCCUCAAGACAAGGAGUUGACUGUUCGGUACACAACAAGCACUGGGGAGAGCGCCCAUACUUCUCUUGAUCCGGUUUUCUUGAUUCCGGUUCUUAAUCAACCCCUCUCUUCCAAUCGCUACUACGCCAUUGUCCCACAUGGGAAACACAAAGGAGAAGCAUAUACCUGCUCGACGGAAGAUGAUAAGGUCACCUGCUGUUUCUGCCGAUGCGUCAAAGACAUAAAACCGAGGCCAUUAGAUCCACACAACAUUUAUCAGCAGAUCCAAAUAGUUGCAAGCCAAGGUUUUUGCAGCUCAAGGGGUGCCUUCUUUGCCAAAUCCACAGCAGAAGAUGGCUUCCCUCCAUAUUUCUUGCGACGAAAGGGUUGGGGUAUCUACACCAAGACUCCCGAUAAUUUCAAACUAGACGAAGCACAAGGCCUCGACCACAAACUCCGCUCUCACCUCCCACAAGAAAUAAAUGCUUCUCUUGUUGUAGGAAAAUGGUAUUCUCCCUUCAUAUUUAUCAAUGAAGGAAUAUCACUAAAAGAUCAGGUGAAAAAGUCAAUGUACUAUGAGUUGACACUCGAGCAGAGAUGGGAGAAGGUUUUCGCCUGCAAUUCUUACGGAGAAAAAUCGGUGAAAAUUGAUGUUGUGGUUGAAAAGGAAGAAGUGUUUGUUGGUGGGAGUAAAGCUGUGUGGAAUGAGAAAUCUGUGGAUAAUGGGGUUGUUUGGUUUACGAGCUACGGUCCCACAGGCGAAAAAACGAGCGUGGGAUUGAGAGUGGAAAUAGUGGAAAGAAUGAAAUGGGAGCAGAAGAGAGGUGGUUAUGUUGGUGGUGAAGAAAAGCAAGUAAAUAUUAAUAGAGUUGAGGAGUUUAAGGAAAAAGGGAGUUGGACUGAGUUUGGAUACUAUGUUUUGGUUGAGAGGUUUAAUGUAAAAAGAAUGGAUGGAAGUUUGGUUUUGUGUUAUGAUUUCAAGCACUUGCAUCAGACGAGGGCUAAAUGGGAAUAAAUAAUUAUGUACUUAUGUUCUUAAUCAUGUUGUUCUUUCUUUUAUUUGAGUGUUCUCCUUUGUAAUUGUGUUUCGUUUAGUGUUGCGUCGGUUGCGUUGUUCUGUUGAUUAUAUAUAAAUUUACCCUGGAUUGAUU